AUGUCGGAUUGGAUCGCCAAAGCCCAGGCUCACCGAGCCAAGCGCGACGCCGCCAUUCCUUCCGGGCUGCUCGUGGACCUCAAAGCUGCUGGAGUGCCCGAGCUUCCCGAGGAGUCUCUGCCUCUGCCUUACUCCAAGACCGAGCCGCACCAUCCCGAACCCACGACCAUCUACCCCAAGGACAACGUCACCGGUGUUCCGUCCAAGGUGCUCUCGCUCGAAGAUGUCGCUAUCACCGAAACGCCGAUCGACAAGCUGCUGUCUCUGCUGGCCACCGGCAAACUCUCUUCGGUCCGAUGCACAGAAGCCUUCCUACGACGAGCAGUGCUAGCGCAUCAGCUGACCAACUGUGCUACCGACUUCUUCCCCGAGAUGGCACUCUCGCGCGCCAAAGAGUGCGACGACUACCUCGCCAAGAACGGAAAGCCGAUGGGUCUGCUGCACGGCUUGCCCGUCUCGCUCAAGGACCAAUUCCACAUCAAGGACAAGGAGAUGACCAUGGGAUAUCUCAAAUGGAUCGGCAACAUUGGCAAGCAGAACAGCGUCAUCACCGACGUCAUCUUGAACGCUGGAGGUGUGGUGUAUGUGCGAACUUCGAUCCCGCAGAGUCUGAUGCGUUGUGAGACGCACAACCACAUCUAUGGUCGUACGGUGAGCCCGUUCAACCGAAGCUUCACCCCGGGUGGUAGCUCUGGUGGCGAAGGUGCGCUCGUGGGUAUGCACGGCAGUCCUCUCGGUCUAGGAACGGACAUCGGCGGAUCCGUUCGAGUUCCAUCGGCCUUCAAUGGUCUUUGGGGCAUGCGUCCGUCGAUGCACAGGGUUCCGUACGAAGGCGCAGCCAACAGCUUUUUGGGUCAGGAGAGUGUUUCUUCCGUCAUCGGACCUCUAACUCAUUCGCUCGAAGGAGUCGUCACGUUCAUGCGAGCCGUUCUCGCCGAGAGACCGUGGGAGAUGGAUCCGAUCCUUGUCAGCAUGCCGUUCAACGAGGAUGCCUAUGCUCUGAAGAAUUUGCAGCUCAAGGCUGGUAGCGCCGAGCCGGCUGAGGCCUUCACCCAAGGCAAGACGCAGCUCUGCUUCGCCAUCGAGUGGGACGAUGGCAUCAUCCACCCUCACCCACCCAUCACCCGAGCGCUGCGCGAGGUGAAGGAAAAGCUCAUCGCCGCCGGCCACAAGGUCAUCGACUGGGUCCCCUACGAGCACCUCCGAUGCUACGACAUCAUCGGACGCAUCUACAGCGCCGAUGGCGGAGAAGACAUCAAGCGCAGCUGCGACGAAGGAGGAGAACCAGUCAUGUACAACCUCAUGUCAACAGGUCAAGACCAACCCCACCUCUCGACGUUUGAAUCCUGGCAGCUCAAUCAGGAGAAGAGCAAGUACCGAAAGGAGUACCUCGACUACUGGCAGGCGACCAAGGACAAGACGGGCACCGGACGUCCCGUCGACGGCAUCAUCGCUCCCGUCAGCAGCUGGGCGAGCUGCAAGCACGAUCUCAACGACCACGUCAGCUACACUACCCAGUGGAACCUGCUCGAUCGUCCCUGCGUCGUCUUCCCCGUCGGCUUCGUCGAGCCGGAGAAGGACCCCAAGGUUGCGUUGGAGAAUGCGUACACGGCGUUGCCUGGAAACGUCGAUCAGAUCUAUUGGGAUAGGUACGAUCCGGAAGAGUGGAAGGGUCUGCCGAUCAACCUCCAGGUGGUGGGCAAGCGUCUGCAGGAUGAAGAGCUGCUGGGACUCGCAAAGGUGAUCCGCGAUGCUGGCGCUACGCUGCACUGA